AUGGUGUGUAUACAUGAAUUGACAGUGAGACCAAAAGAAAAAAAAACCGCUUCCGCUUUCCACUUCUCCCUCUUUCCACCCCUCUCUUUCCACCUCUCACUCUUACCACCACUCUCUUUCCAUCUCUCUCUUUCCACCUUUCUCUUUCCAUCUCUCUCUUUCCACCUUUCUCUUUCCAUCUCUCUCUUUCCACCUAUAUCUUUCCAUCUCUCUCUUUCCACCUUUCUCUUUCCAUCUCUCUCUUUCCACCUUUCUCUUUCCAUCUCUCUCUUUCCACCUUUCUCUUUCCAUCUCUCUCUUUCCACCUUUCUCUUUCCAUCUCUCUCUUUCCACCUUUCUCUUUCCAUCUCUCUCUUUCCACCUUUCUCUUUCCAUCUCUCUCUUUCCACCUUUCUCUUUCCAUCUCUCUCUUUCCACCUUUCUCUUUCCAUCUCUCUCUUUCCACCUUUCUCUUUCCAUCUCUCUCUUUCCACCUUUCUCUUUCCAUCUCUCUCUUUCCACCUUUCUCUGUCCAUCUCUCUCUUUCUACCUCUCUGUUUUUCCACCACUCUCUUUCCAUCUCUCUCUCUCUCUCUCUCUUUCCACCUCUCUGUCUUUCCACCUCUCUCUACUCUCUCUCUCUCUCUCUCUCUCUCUCUCUCUCUCUCUCCCUUCCUCUCUCUCUCUCUCCUUCUCUCUCACUCUCUCUCCCCUCUCUCUCCCUCUCUUUCCCUCUCCCCUCUCUCUCCCCCUCCCUCUCUCUUUCCCCCCUCUCUCUCUUUGACACUUUUUCUCUCUCUCUUUCUCCAUAUCCCUCCCACUUUCUCCGAUUCUCUCUCUCUCUUUCUCUCUCUAGAUUUAUUUUUUUCUCUCUCUCUCCCACUCUCUCUGACUUUCUCUUGUUCUCUUUCUCUCACUGGCUCUCUCUUUCUCCAUCUCCCUUUCAAUCUCUCUCUCUCUCUCGUUCCCUCUUUCUCUUUAUCUCUCUCUCUCUUUCUUCCUCCCAUUCUCUCAAACUCUUUCUAUCUCUCGUUCGCUCUCUUUCUCACUCCCACUCACUCUGAGUCUUUCUUUCUCUUUAUUUCUUUCUCUCUCUUUCUCUUUCUCUCUCCCACUCUCUCUGACUUUCUUUUGUACUCUUUCUCUCACUGGCUCUCUCAUUUUUUCUCCCUCUCUCUCUUUCUCCAUCUCUCUUCUAAUCUAAUCUCUCUCUCUCGUUCUCUCUUUCUCUUUAUCUCUCUCUCUCUUUCUCCCUCCCACUCUCUCUGGCUCUCUCUUUCUCAAGCUCUUUCUUUCUCUAGCUCUCUCUCUCUCUCUCUCUCUUUCUUUCUCCUCUCCCUGGUUGAAAAAACAAAAACAAAAAACGAUGAGUCAUUAUGGAGACCAUUUUCAAAUCUCGACAAAUCUCGAAGACCAAAAUCACAAAGGAAAUCUCGUUUUACCUUUCAGCGUGAAACUGAGUUGAAAUGCCUUCGAGAGCUUCUUUCUACAGGGAGAGGAUGGAGAUCGUGUGAAAUAUGA